AUGGCGUGCAGUAAAUACGAUUACGAGCUUGGGUAUGAAGACAAUCGCUUCGAGUUUGUUGUCAGUCAAAGAUUUCACUGCCCCAUUUGUUUCCUGGUUCUUAAAGAUCCCGUUAUGUGCAAGAACGAACACUACUAUUGUUCUUCAUGUAUGAAAAAGCAUUUGGAAAACUCCUCGUUCUGUCCAACGUGUCUUGAAUACCUCAGUGUUGACACACUCAGACCAGCUCCGAGGAUUGUCAAUGAUUAUAUAUCUGAGCUGAAUAUUCAUUGUGAUUUCUACCCCAGAGGAUGCCUUGAAAUGGUUCAAGUUGAAAAUCUCAAACGUCACGUUGCAAGUUGUGGAUUCUCUCCCGUGCAAUGUUCGAAUGAUGGAUGUAAUGUUCUCGUGAAUGCCAGCGACAAGCUUCACCAUGAAACUGAAGUAUGUGAUUUUAGAAAUCUGAAAUGUCAUGACUGUGGUCAAGUCAAGCACGAAGUGAAAGAAAUGAAAGAUCAAAUAAAGAAUGAAAUGAAAGGAAUGAAAGAAGGAAUGAAAGAAAUGAUUGAUCAAGUAUUAGUGCAUCAAGAUCAGAUGCAAGAUAAAAUAUCGAAAGAAGUAAAAGAGGAAGUAAAAAAUCAGAUGAAGAAUGAAAUGAAAGGAAUGAUUGAAAAUGAAAUGAAAGGAAUGAAAAAUGAAAUGAAAAAUGAAAUGAAAGGAAUGAAAGAGGAAAUAAAAGGUGAAAUGAAAGAAAUAGUUAUGAAUGCAGUGCGAGAUUGCAAUGGCGGGAAUAAAAGUUCUGGAACUGGAAAAGAAAAAUUCAACACAAAGAUCACAAGCGACAUGUUGUUUAGAUGCAAGAGAAAAUAUCUUUGUAGUUGGAGGAGAACACAAGCAGGGUGGGAGAUGGCUGAAGAAUAA